CGCGACUUUAAUACAUCAUCAGCGGGGGCUGCUGGCGGCGGCUGUUUUUGAAUUUCAAAUUCAAAAUGCGGCGCACAUUUCGAUUGAUUUUCUUCUUCUACUACUAUUGCUGCUUUUGGCUCGUCAUCUUGUUGCCAACUUUCUGCCACACACAGCCCAGCUGCCAGACACCCGACAAAAACGUUGGCCAAUGUGUGCACUUUAGCGCUUGCCGUUUUGUACUGCGCCAAUAUGCCAUGUACAAGGAACAUAUGCCGCCUCACAUAAUGCGCUUCCUGCAAAGAUCACGCUGCAGGCCCAAAGUUGAUGGCUAUCAUUUGUGUUGCGAACUAAAAGAUGUGAUUCCUGCGAACGCCAACUCAAAGCUAAAAUGAAUCUGAAUCUGGGCAGAGGAACUUCAAAGCACAUCUGUCUAAAAUGUAUGACUUAAAUAUGUAACUAAAUGUGUGUCUGUGUGUGUGUGUGUGUGUGCGCUUUGAUCUGCAUAAUUUUCACUGUCUGAUGGUUUAAAGCAAGGCCAAAAAAGUUUACGUGGAUGCCACAUCGUAUGUAAUUAUAAUGUGAACUCAUUUCUAUGUACUUAGUGCCUCGCCGUCUCGUCAGCCAACAGC